AUGAGCGAUUGCCGUCGCACCCGUCGGAGCUGUCGCAGCCGUCGCAAAGCUCAACUUCCCCGGUUUUCCCCCCUCCUUCCGCCUCCCUCCGCCCCUCUUUCCCCCGUCUCCCUCCCUCCUCUCCUCCCCCACUCCCCCUCCUCUCCCCUCCCCUCUCCCCCACUCUUCUCCUCCCCCUUUUUCGGCCUAACUUCGCCUGCAGCCGCCGCGAUGCAAGCAAUAGCUACCACGUGGCCCAGCGCCACGACCUCGUGGGUGUCGGGGGAGACGUGUGACACGUGGCUGGGAGUGGUGUGCGACGAUAACGGCUUUGUGACGCAGCUGACGCUGGGUCGCAAUGAGCUCACUGGCUCCAUCCCCACUGGCUACUCCCAGCUGCAGAAGCUCAGAUUUCUGCGCCUCAAAGGUGGUUGCUACAGUCCCAUUGAUAUCCUUUCUCCAUGCCGUCUCCACCCACCCAUCGCUUCCCUCUCAUCAUACCCCUCUCCCCUCUACCCCAGCGAUCUGAGCAAGAACCGGCUGUCUGUCUGGCAGCAUACCAAAAGAGGUCAUCGUUCUCCUCUCCCCCUAUCAUUCCCUUUCCCAAUGCCAUACCCACCCACCCACCCCUCCCGUGGCACUCCCCUCUUCCCCAGCGAUUUGAGCAAGAACCGGCUCGAUCUGAGCAAGAACCGGCUGUCUGGCAGCAUACCCAAAGAGGUCAUCGCUCUCCCCAACCUUAUGUACUUCACGGCUGUUGUGGCUAAUCCGCCCCCGCCGCCCCCUCCUCCCCCACCAGAAGACCCUGAUAAGCGCAAACCAGGCCUCAAGGAUACGGACUAUCAAGCUGUUGCAACCAAGCCGCUCGUCAAUUUCAACAAGUACUUCCGCUACGUGAGCCUGGGGUACAAGGGCACGGCCACGAAGCCCUCAUGGACGUACAAGACUGCAGUGGACUGGCGCACUCAAGUCGUCAGCAAGCAGAACAGGACCGUCGUGGGGCCUACGGUUGACCAGGGCACGUGCGCCGCGUGUUGGGCUCUCGUACCGGUGGCAGCGAUCGAGGCAGCCUAUGCAAUCGCGUUCGGGUCGAACCAGCCCAACAUCUCGGGGCAGCACAUUCUCAACUGCCAGGGCACCUGGGAGUGCGUGGGGGGGCUUCCUUCCGACGCCUUCCAGUUCUCUGCUUCAGCGGGAGUGCUGCCGGAAUUCAUUGUGCCGUACACUGGCACCAAAGAUGCUUCCAGCUGUCCGAGGUUGAGUGGUGGAUGGCUUGCAGCCGCAGGGGGAGUGCUGCUGGAAUUCAUCGUGCCUUACACGGGCACCAAGGAUGCCUCCAGCUGUGGGUUGAGUGGGGUGGAGUGGAGUGGGCGUAUGCGUGAUGGUGCGCUGCCAGAUGGUGGUUCGGAAUUGACCCGCCCAGAGGAGGAAACUGGCAGAAUCCUUCCCUCCCGACCUCUGGCAAAGAAAAAGCCGCCUCCUGCCCCUGCUGCCCAGCCGGUUCCCGGGCCGUACAGGGUCGCCAUGUUCGAACAGGUGGCGGUCUCUGGUUGGCUGGGCAUGGUGAUUGCGCUGCAGGCGCAACCCAUCAUUGCCAACAUAGAGGCGGACCAAGCUUCCUUCAUCGAAUACACUGGGGGCUACAUCUACGCGGAUCCAGACUGCUUCAUCAACGGGGUGGUGAAUCACAUAGUGCUGCUCGUGGGGUACAGCAUGGCCGGUUCUACACCCUACUUCCUUGCGCAAAACACCUGGGGGGCCACCUGGGGCGUGGGCGGCUUCAUGCAGAUGGCCAUCACAUCAGGUUGCCACGCGCACGUGGUACUUCCUCCUGCAAAACACCUGGGCAGCCACCUGGGGGUUGGGCGGCUUAAUACAGAUGGCCAUCGCAUCAGUGUAAACUUCCCCAACUCCUUUCCCCUCUCCACCCCUCUGCACCCACCUGCAGGUGACGGCAUCUGCAGCAUCAACACAUCACCUGCCCUCUACCCUGUAGUGCCGAACCCCAACCCAU